AUGUCCUUAACCUUGAGAGUGCACCUCAAAAGAUUUCAAAGUUCACUGUCCUCCCAACGUCCUCCCUUUUACACAGUGUUCCCAACCAAAAAACUGGUAAAUCGUUUUUUAUUUGACCUCGACAGUAAGCUGACGUUUGCCAAACUAUACCCAGUUUACGAGUCAAUCUACGAGUCAUUGGCACCAAAUGGGACGCCUGCCCAUGUCCCCUCCUCAUUCCAGGCCGACGACAUCAUGAUAAUGAAGAAAGUAUUGGAAAGGCUACGACGUCGCACCAAGAGCAUCAAUAAGAAUCUGAUUGGAUUGGAAAAUGAAUUACUAGACAGGGCUGCGGAGAUGGGGAAUAAUGAUGCGAUUUCUUCGCUUGCAUUUGACGUUUUGAGAAAUCCUGCGAGGUCUGCGCCGGAGGAUGUGGUUCAUGCCAAGACGCUCAUCAAGCAGCUAUACAAAAUGGGUCACCCAUUGACUAUAAAGCUUACAGGAGAUCUUGCAUUUGACAAUAAUGACCUCCUUAAUGCAGAAAAAUAUUUCAACCAGUUUUUAGAGGUCGAGAUCGACACUAUUCGGGCAGGAGAAGUUUACUGCAAGCUUGGAACAAUUAGCUUCAAAAAACCAGAUUUGCAAGAAGCUGAACGGAAGUUUUUAGAAAGUGUUCGUUUGGCCCCACUAGAAAAUGUAGUGCUGUCUUAUUACCACCUCGCACAGUUGUAUAUGGACUCUGAACCGGUAAAGGCGCGAUCGUUAAUGGAGAGUGCAGCAAGUGAAGGGUUUAAAGAAUCUUUUCAAAUGUUGGGAUUUCUAGAAAUGAACUACUUUCAUGAGUAUCAAAAAGCUCUUCAGUGGUUUAAACUGGGGAUGGAGUUAUACGACAUUGAGUGUUUCAUAGGCUAUUUUGAUUGCUCACUAAAGCUGAAUGCCCCAAGGCGUGCGAAGAAUUGCCUAGAUAGCAUGUCCAAAUUGUCCAAGACAAAUGAAUCGUCUGCUGCUGUUUUCCAGAGUUUUUUGAAUUCCCGGCAGGCUCAGAUUACAAGACUCAAAUCUUGUUUAACGGAUCCGUUCUUCAAAUAUUCUCCUGAGAAGCACAGUGGGGAGAUUACAGCUGUAUCUGAGAAAAACCGAUGGGAACUGUAG